CCAGCAGGGAUAUAAAGCGCGUCCGUCCAGCUGCGCACACACGCUAAAGCCAUUUUCCUGUUGCCUCCGCCACGUUGGUCUCCUACGUCCGUGUCGCGCCGCCGCCAACGUUGUGUUUGUGAUGAGGCGGGAAAUGGCGUCCGCGGCGCAGACAUGGCUGAUCUGUGACUAGCCACCGAGCCACGGACACAGCUGGCAGCAACAACCACGGCCCGACCUCUGUCGGCGGACGGUCGCGGCCGAGAGGUGCCAACGCUGCGGCAAGAUUUGAAGAGCUUCGUAGAUCAUCGAUGUUUCUAUGUGACGUUGGAGCAUGAUGAGGCUGAGAGUGCGCAAAGCUCCUCAGCAGCCAAACUUCGGCCAUCGAAGCCCCUCAUCCCAGGCCAAACGGAAGCACUGUGAAGUGGAGCCGUCACCGGUGAGAGGCCGAAGCAAAAUGCAGAAGAAUGAAACAGGCCUGUUGUCCACUAUAAAGAAAUUCAUCCGCGGAAAUGCUGUCAAGGUGGAGCAGGAUAUCCCCGCCAAGAGGAGUCGUAUUGAUUGUAAUUCUGACAGCGGUCUUAUCACUUCAACACCACAAACUAGAGGUCCAGCCAACAAAUCGACCUCCAGAGUUUGCCGGAAAAGUGCAAAUAAAGACACAAUGACCUGCAACAGUAAGCCCUUGAAACCAAAUGGCAAACUAGAAGCUCCCGUGGACUCGCCGAGCAGCCCACCCCGCACCACCCUGCUUGGGACAAUCUUCUCCCCAGUCUUCAACUUUUUCUCACCAGCAACUAAAACUGCCACUCCUGGCUCAGACUCUCCAGGCCAAGCUGUGGAGGCGGAGGAAAUCAUGAAACAGCUGGACAUCGAGCAGGCAGAAGAAAUGCCGAGCAGCACUCUCACAUCCACAGAGGGCAUCACUCCAUGUCACACGGCACCACUCUUACCGCAGAGGCUUCAGAUGACCUCGGACACGUCCAUAGAAGAAGGACAGAUUGUCACCGAGACCGACAUGCCCCCAUUAACAGUUCCUGGGUGCAUGCCAGACGGCAGCUACAAACACUCGAUACCCUCAGCUCCGGCAGAACCUUCAUAUGAGGAGGACUGGGAGGUGUUUGACCCGUAUUUCUUCAUCAAGCAUGUGCCUCCGCUGACAGAAGAGCAGUUAACGCGUAAACCAGCGCUACCUUUGAAAACACGCAGCACACCAGAGUUUUCUCUCGUCUUGGAUCUGGAUGAAACUCUGGUUCACUGUAGUUUGAAUGAGCUAGAAGAUGCAGCCCUGACGUUCCCUGUGCUUUUUCAGGAUGUAAUAUACCAGGUCUAUGUUCGGUUGAGGCCCUUUUUCCGCGAGUUUCUCGAACGCAUGUCUCAAAUGUAUGAGAUUAUUCUCUUCACGGCUUCAAAGAAGGUGUACGCCGACAAGUUGCUCAACAUCCUGGAUCCAAAAAAACAGUUAGUAAGACAUAGACUAUUUCGUGAGCACUGUGUGUGUGUUCAAGGAAAUUACAUCAAAGACCUAAACAUUCUUGGACGGGAUCUUUCCAAGACGAUAAUAAUCGACAACUCACCCCAAGCCUUCGCUUAUCAGCUUUCCAAUGGAAUCCCAAUCGAGAGCUGGUUUGUGGAUAGAAAUGACAACGAGCUCCUAAAGCUGGUUCCCUUCCUGGAGAAACUUGUGGAGCUGAACGAAGACGUCAGACCGCACAUCCGAGAGCGCUUUCGUUUGCACGACCUCCUUCCUCCAGACUGAGGACCUCGCGCUUGUCUCUCAGUCACGGAUCGUAACAACAUUGGAAAAGAGAGUUGCUCAAAGGAUAUAUUCAGAGGAUUUCUUUUGCAUACACAACAUUGCCAUUAUUAUUAUUAUUUUGUUUUUUAAAAUCAUGCAAAAAAAAAAAAAAAAAAAAGUCAAAGUGGUGGAUGUUUUUACAAACACACUAAACCCAGACUCAGAACAAACCGCUGGCUGCAGCAGGUUCUCACUCUUUGGUCACUUCUCCCUUGAGGACGGCCUCCUGGAAGGUGUUCUGUCUUUAAAAACCAUUUGGGAUUGACAAAACUGAAUGUCAUGCAGUGUUGGAUCAUAUGGACCUUGACGGUUUCAGCCUGACCUCGAACGGCCAGUCAAACCUGUAUAAUAGUCACUCUAUUUACUUGUAAAUACGUGUACAUAGUUGUUUUUCCUUCAAGUUUUUAAGUCCUUUUAUUUUCACUUCAGAUUUUUAGUAUGUAUUCUUUGAUGCGGUUGCUUUUAUAAACUGACAAAAAAAAAAAAAAAGUCAUUGUGUUUCGUUGGAAGUUGUUGAUAAGCAGCUGCUUUUCUGUUGUUUGCCUGCAUUAUUCCUGUGAUGCUUUACUCCAUUACAUGCAGUCGUCUGUAAUAAGGUGCAGUUUUAAACAUGUAUCUUUGGGAGGAAAAUGUUUCUGAAAUGAUAUUUUAAAGCUAUGAAAUGUUUGCCAGAGUAGUGUCUCAAACGAAUACAAAGCCAUAAUGGCCGGACAAUAAUUUUGGAGAUUUGUAUUUGAGAGUCCAUUUCUGAUUUCGACACUUUGAUCGGGGCGGGGGGGAAGGGGACGGGACCGGGGGGUGGAUGGUGGGGUCGAGGUUCAGGCAUCUUGCACUUUGACAUUCAGCCCUUUGUAAGUUGAUGUAAAAUCUUGUCACUUUUCUACACAGGUGUGCACCACCUAAAUUUGUUAUGUGGGGGUAAAACAAAACAAAACAAAAAAAGAAGAAGAAGAAAUUGUAGCACCAGCAAAUUGCCAACAUGUUUGCUUUGAAAUCUUGUUUUCCAAUACGUCUUGUAUGUGGGAUCUUUGAUGAUGUAGGAGUCACGAGUUUUAUUGACUAUUGAAUGAUCACUCCUGGUUGUAUUCAGUGUUACUCAAUGGUUUCCUUGAAAAUAAAUACGUUUUUUUUUUUUUUUUUUUUUUUACGA